AAUGCAUACAGACAUACAAAUUCUCCCCACGUAGCCACUCACUCACUUCCAUACUCUCCCUUCUUUCUUCCCAUUGACAAAACCUCCAUAAUCUCACCUUUCCACACACCAACAAAAAAAAGUUAAAACAUCAAACACUUUAAGUUCCUCUUCAGAACCCAAUGGGCAAAGCCACCAGAUGGUUCCGCAACCUCCUGGGCCUCAAAACCACCCCUUCCUCCACCGCCACCGCAAAGCCACCGCCAAAGCGGCGGUGGAGCUUCGUCAAGUCCACCACACCACACCACUCCCCGGCGCCACCUCAGUUCUAUGACCAUGCACCCACUGACCAUGAUCAGCAGCAUGCUAUUGCGGUGGCUCAUGCCACGGCCGCCGUGGCCAACGCCGCUGUCGCCGCCGCUCAGCGCGCCGCCGAGGUGGUCAAGCUCACUAGCGGCGAUAUCAACGUUUUCAAGGGUCCUGAAUACUGGGCUGCUGUUACUAUACAGUCGCAUUUUCGGGCAUACUUGUCGAGGAGGGCUUUGAGGGCAUUGAAAGCAUUGGUGAAACUUCAGGCUCUGGUCAGGGGACACAUUGUGAGGAAGCAAGACACAGAGAGGCUAUUGCAGAUGCAGGCUGCACUGCGUGCCCGAACAAGAGCUCGUGUGUUGCGGGCCCAAAUUCAGGAAACUUCUCAAUCAGCUAUCAAGCUCUCUCACCUAAAUCAUCCGGGCCCUGCGACUCCUGAAAAAUCCGAACAUGCCAUACGUAGGAGUACAAAGCAUGAGCAAUCAGUUAUGAUGAAGAGAAAUGGAUCAAGAACAAAUUUCAGGGUUGGACCUGAAAAAGAAAAAUACAACUACCACUACAGUAUGGAUGAAGGAUCAUGGGACCGAGUUUACUCUACAAGGAGUGGAUCAAUGGAUGAGGGUAAGAGUGACAAGAUACUUGAAAUUGAUACCGGGAAAUAUCACGUAACACCCAAAAGGAGAAGCCUGUUCCAAUCUUCUCUCUACCCAGCAGCUUCUGAUCCGAACAGUCACAGCUUCACCACAUCAAAAGACUCAAUUUUCCACCAAGCAAUACUUAGUCCAUCAUCAGGGGAAGUUCAGUCUCUAACCCCGCUUAAGUACACAAAUGACGUGGAUGAAGACUCCUUCUGCACUGCUGAAACUAGCCCAAGGUUUCUUUCAUCAAAAGGUGGUAGUUUCACAAAGAGUGGACCAUUUACUCCUUCCAGGAGCGACGCCUCAAGAAGCUGCCUCAGCGGUUACUCUGACUACUACCCUAAUUACAUGUCAUACACAGAAUCAUCAAAGGCUAAGGUCAGGUCUCUCAGUGCUCCUCGGCAAAGGACUCAGCUAGAAAGAUCCAACACAGCAAAAAGGCUCUCUCUUCAUAAUGUAUACGGAGACAUGAGAUCAUCGAGUACACAAAGGAUUCCAUCAGCAUUGCAUUCCAACUUUGCCAGCAAAGCGUACCCUGGAUCUGGCAGGCUUGACAGGCUUGGAUUGCCCUUGGGAGGUGAUGGAAUCGGGUUUAGUGGUGGCCUUCUGAACAAAUACUAGGGCUAACGUCGAAAUUGUAGGAGCUCAGAGGCUCUUGUGCAUCAGCUAACCUCGCUAAUUUUACUAAUUGUGUAACGAAAUGUCUUAUGUUAUCUGUCGUAAAGUAUUUCUGUUACCAGGGAUUUAGGGUUUAGAAACUGUCGUGGACUACAUGUGAUAUUUGUGUUCUGAUUGAA